GAGGACUUGUUACGAAGUACUCUGUUUCGUGCUUUUGCUAUGACGACCCUAUGUACAAAAAAUAAAAUUUAAAAAAGUAUUGAACUUCAACAUACAAUCGUCAGCCGGCUAAUUUGAAGUUUCAGAAGUCGGCAUUCAAUACAAAUUAAGGUUUACGAUAUGGCAGUGGUGUUCAUGAUUGGAUCUAUGCUGGCUUUUAGCAGCCUAUGUAGAGUGACUCUUGGGACGCAGUUUGCAGAAUGUGGUCCGUCCUUAUCAAAUGAAUGCGCGGACUUUAUUCUUGAGGACCCUCGGGGACCACAAAUGAUGCUCCUGGCAAUGGAGCUUGCAAAAAAUGACCCGCCAAAUGUGCCGAAGGCUCCAUUGAUGUGCAACGGUCGCUUAUAUGAUCUAAGUCUUGAGAAGUGGCAACUAGCUAAUCAGGCAAUGCAAAAGGGCCUUCCUAAGCAGGUGCUUGCCAACAUGCUUGACAAGAGUGGUCAUGCCAAGAACAACGCGCCGGAUCCAAGGCUUCGGCCGCAAACACCCAGUCAAAGGGUUGUCUCUCAGAAAGAAGCUUUUCUUACGCCAAUUCUUCCUGCAAAUCAACCGGUUCCUUGUUCAAUAGUGUGUGAUCACAAUGGCGACAUGAGUCUUCGCAUAGGACACUUGCAAGUUCCCAUGGAGCAGAUGAGCGAGCUGGCUAAUUUUGUGGACAUCAGCGCUUUGAGUCAAAUGGCAUCCGCGCUUCGAUCUGCGGGAGUUCCAGUUGUCCAUUACGGAAACCAUAUGACGAUGGUUCCCUCAUUUGUUCCGAGUCCUGAAAAUGAUAUAGUGAUGAGAAUUCACGCUUUAAACGGAGAGCCAGUUCAAGUGGAACUCAGUGCGGGUGGCAAAUCAUUUUGCCUUCCUGGGCAGGAAGAAAGUCUCAACAGACUGCUCGACUCAAGUUCAGACAUGGCAUUUCCAAUCAUGAAGCUACUUGCGCGUCAUGGUAUUCCCGCUGAAUUCGACUGCAAUCGAAGGACCCUCACGACCGCCUUGUCGUCAAAGUCUCGACCCAUGACACUGAAAGCUACACCAAUUACGCCCUCCUUGACCCUGCCUUUGAGACAUGUGACAACCUCACCCCAGGUUCAGCCUUCACCAAAUAAACCAGAGCGGGUUAAAAUUGGAAAAUCAACUUUUGAUCUGCCUAUGCAAUGGCCUUCGAUUUUGGAGGCCGUCCAAUCAAACCAAAUUGUCGCUGCUAAAGUACAGAAGGUUUCAGAAGAACGCGGACUGGCCAUGCCGGAUAAAAUACAGAACAUUAUUUUCACAAAAAUCAUGCAGAUGCGAAAUCAGCUAAUGCCGGUAAUUCGUGGAGGCGAUUGUAUCUUCGUAAUGAAUGGAAAUCCGUUCUCCAUGCUGACUCAACCUGAAAAGCUUUCCAAUGCUCUUCGCGAUGCUGAUGUACCCCGAGAGUUGGUGCGAGAUGCUAUGAUGCGGGUUGGUUUGCCUGCUAAGAACACUCAAAAUGGGCUCCAGAUUACGUUGCCUUCACAACAAACGUGCCUUCUCGAUAAUAUGGCAAAUUACAAAAUUUUUGAGUAUAAAAUAAUGAGAGAGCGUGACUCAGUGACGAUAAUGGCAGGACCUAAGUCGUAUCGGCUGCCUGAAGAUGCGCACGAGCUGAAGAGGGCCAUGGACUCCGGAAAAGUCCUCCCAUUGGAACUAAUGGACUCACUGAAUCGAAAUGGCAUUUCAUGCAAUGUUAACAUGGCUUCUGGCAUCAUAACCAUGUCCUUGCCUGGGCAAGGUCUUUCAUUGCCCCUCCCGAUGACUGGGAAGAUGAGCCUCAAACUGCAUCCUCUAGAAGGUCCCUUAGGUACUAGUUACAUGCUAGAGUACGACGGAGGUAGACUUCACCUACCCUCACAGAUAGACAAGUUGAACCAGCUAAUCGCACAAGGAACAAUCAAUUCGUACGAUGUUCUGCAUUUGUUUCUUCAAAACACUUUGGUACCGUACCAGUUUGAUAAAGCGAGGAUGGUACAUGUCAUCGAAGUAGCUGGACAGAAACUCAACGUAUUACCAUCAUCACUAGACUAACCUGUAGAGGCAUAUUGAGCUAUCAGUACAUGCUAGUUUAACAUUCUAUCGGUGACGUUUCAAUAUAGUGCAGAAUAAAUAAUUAUGGAGAUAACGAUUGUGCUAUUUCAGUAAUAUGUAUGAUGAUAUUAAACGAGGGCAGAAACGACAAGGGAUCUUCGUAGAGUUGUAACUACGGCACUGAUAAAAGUAAUAACAUAAACACGUACGCAAAGUGUGUGCCUAAUGUAACAUUUACACUAUUCUACAAUGCUGUAAGACAUAUUCUGUAUGGCGGAAUUCAAAUCGACCCCCCUAACCCUAUAUUGGGCCGAAUCGCCAUUAGAGCACGACAUUAUAGGAAAGUUCAGCGCAUUUGGCGGCUUUUUUUAUUUAAUUUUGUGUAAGCUAUUGCCUGAUUGCAGCCUCCAUUCUAAACACGAACUCGAUACCGGUUUACCCCAACGAUAAAUGGAAAGUCGAGUACGUAUCCACAUACUGACCGCUUAUUAUGAAAUUCAGUAAAACGUAAAGAAGAGGUCUUUCUAUAGAGCUAUGGACGAUGACUUUAAAUAAUUGCAUGUUAUGACACACAUGUACUAAUAUCAGUGGCAGGGUUACUUUUACCUGACACAAAUUACAGUCCUAAACAUAAACUAUCUUAUAGUACGAUCGUUCAGGGCGGAAUUUACGCUCAGAUACGUGCAGCUUGACAUAUUUAAUUACACGCUUUUCGUUGUAACAAGAUUCAGCUUGACCCGGAUUGAGAUGUGAACAACUUAUCCAUUGAAACAGAUCGUGAUUAAGGCUGGUAAGCAAAAAAAGCAGUUGGAAUUUGAUUUUUGAGAUUUCUAUAAUUUACCAAUAAAUUAUUAAUGGGGCCUACAAAUACCCGGACAAAUCAAUUGAUUUUUUUAAAAUUAA